AUGACCCUCUCCAGGCCACUGAGGACCGCUGCUGAAGGGGUGAUGGAGGAGACACCCCUCUCCCCCUCUUGGCUGCGGAGCCCCUUCCCCACUUCCUUUCCUGGCCGCUCCUCGAGUAUUAGCCCUUAUGUGAAGGAACCUUUCUGGUGUUCAGAUGGUUGCGAAUCUGCCUGCAAUGUAGGAGACCCGGGUUCAAUCCCUGGAUUGGGAAGAUCCCACAGAGGACAGACAGCAUGGCAACCCACUCCAGUACUCUUGCCCCGAGAAUCCCAUGGAAAGAGGAACCUGGCGGGCUACAGUCCAUGGGAUCGCAAAGAGUCGGACAGGACUGAGUCCGACAAGGUCCAAAGCACACUUAAGUGCUAUGGUAGCAAACCCUUCCACUUCUAUAGGUGUUGGCAUGGUCCUGAAGCUUUACUUAUUUGUAAGUCACUUAUCUUUACAGUAGCCCUCCCAGGUAGAUAG